AUGGCUUUUCCUAUUUCACUCUCCCAAGCCUCUUUGGCAGCUGCCAUACUAGGCUCCGUCUACGGAAAUUACAUCGCUCUAUCACCGCCAAACCCCAGUCACCAUGCUGCUCCCUCAACCGGAGACUCGGUUCGUGGCUUGCUUUUGACCAAAAAACACUCGACCAAGGUGGCACUAGCUCCUUGGGGUUUGCUAGCGCUGCAGUCUGCUGCUCUCGCCCUGCACUACCCGGACAUACCAGCCUCUGUCAUCCGUCACGGUGGAGAAAAUGGACUCAACAUGAACCUCAUAACAUGGUCUCCAGCAACCGUGAUACCCUUGGCCCUGAUUUUCGGCGCUGGGAUUCCUCUUCGUUUGAUCCCCUACGCAUCUUUGGGCAAAAACUUUACCUUUGCGCUCAAAACGCCGGAUCAAUUGAAAACAACGGGUAUAUACCAAUAUGUCCAGCACCCAAGUUAUACCGGCGUUAUCAUCCUUGUACUAUCAAACGUUGCACUUCUCACUAGACUGGAUGGACCUUUAAGCUGUUGGAUUCCUCCACAGUAUUACAAUACCUUGUAUUGGAUGUUGGGCCUCAUGGGACCAUGCACAGCAGUUUUCUUCUACGGCACUUGGAAAAGAGUCCGUGAAGAGGAGAAGAUGUUGAAGGCGGCUUUCGGUAAGGAGUGGGAGAACUGGCAUGCAAAGACAGCUCGCUUCAUACCAUAUAUCUUCUAG